AUGUUCUUUAAUUCAGAUCAUACAAGCCUCCCUAAUUUAUCUAUUACUAAGCCUAAAUCAGCCCUAAAUCAAUCUGUUGAUACCGAGCAAGAUGUUUUCUUUCAGAAGCAAAAGGAAAUAUUAAAUAAUUCUAUUCUCUGAACUAUAAAAGAACUGGAAUUAUCAAAAAGGAAUUAUAUUAUAAAUUCAGCCUAUAAAAUAAAAGCUAAGAAUGAAAUUUUGGUUAUAGACAGUGCAAUUAUGAUUGAUAGCUCAAAUUAUACUACAGAUGACAGUCUAAUGCUAGAACUUAUAGAAAAGCUUGAAAAUAAUGAAAAUAAAAGUUUUAAUUUAAAAAAAGAUUUGAGCAAAUUUAAUGUGCUUUUAAAAUCGAGGCUCAGUUGGGUUUCUUAUUCAAAAUUAAAAAAGUUAGAGCAAAAAAAUAAGAGAAAAUGAAACAAAAUUGAAUAUGGUUACAAAGAAAUAGUGAAUUCAAUAAAACCAAAUACUGAAAUUUUAAUUAAGUUAAAUAGUUAUGCAAGCAUUCUAUAUCAAAACUAUUUAAAAAAGUUUGAUCAAAUUGCUAAAAAUUACCUAAAAUUUAGCAAAUAUAUUGAAGAAAAUAAGGCUAACGAUGAUAAUAAUAUUUAUUUAGGGUUUCACAGCGGGAUUGCUGUAUUGAUAUGACCUCUGAAAAGCAAAAAUAUCAUUAUUGAGAUGAUGAUAAUGAUGAUGAUUUAG